AUGCAGUUUUUGAAGCUAAACAUUUGGAAUGGUCUUGGUGAAGCUAAAAGUCAUUUUGAAGUAACGAAAUUGUUCAUAAAUUCUGACAUUUAUGAAAUAAAUGAGUUUAAAAAUAAGUUGAAAUGUCAUGACAAUUUCGGUAUAACUAAAAAAAGCAUAACUACACUUCAAAGCUACUCUUCUUCAUAUACAGAUGACUUUAAGGGCAAUUUUCCAUUAAAAACAAUCUGUGAGAUCACCGAACCAAUUAAGGAAAUGAAGUUUUUAUUAGUUGCUUCCGUUGUUAAUAUAAGGCAGAAUCUACCAUGGUAUUAUGAAGCAUGCAAAAAAUGUGGAAAAAAAAUUAUCCCUGUUCCCAAAACCAAUCAUUCGUAUACCAACCCUGAGGGAAUUUCAGAAACUAUGGUUGUCGAGUGCACAAAUGCACAAUGCAAAAAAUCUGAAUUCCAGUAUAUAAUUUCAAUUAACGUACAAGAUUGUACUGGAACCAUUGGAUUGACUCUUUUUGAUAGGGAAGCAAGGAGGUUGUUAAAUAUAAGUGCCUACGAGUUGAAAAAGAUACAUGAUGCGACCGGAGACAGUGAUGCCCUAUUUCCAAUGCAACUUAAUGUGUUGAAAAACCGCAAGUUUGGUUUUGUUGUAGAUAUUACAGAAUACAAUGUCAACAACUAUAAUAACAUCUACACAGUUCUCAGAGUUACAGAAGAUAUGUCCAUUGUUUGUGAAUUGGAAAGUAAAAUAGAACUUAUGAGUAAUCAAUCUGUCUCCUUAAAUCAAAUUGCUUUGGAAUCCGAUGAUGUUGUACAGCCUGUUCAAAAGGAUGUGAUCUCACAAACAGACGAAAGUUUUACACCCUCAACAGUUGAUAAGUCAACCGCAACAAGUCCUUGCAAAAUAUCAGGUGAUUUGAAGCGCAACCUCCAAUAA